CAGCGCCAGUCACUCUCAUUUGAAUGCAAAUCCCCAAGAGUUGAGGAGUUAGCUGACGUCAGGAAGGCCUUAGUAUACCUUUACCAUCUUGUCAACAGAGCCACAUCAUGUGAGACUGGAGACAGACUGGAACUACGUCGCAUUUCACAUUGGGAACCCAUUUGGACUAAACAGCAGAAGGAUUGUUUUUAACAGUUUCAGGGCAACAAUGUCGCCUUAAAAUAGGCUACAUCAUCCAAUUUGCUGCUUUUAUUAUAUUUAAUUGUUUUUGUACAAAUCAUGUAUGUGGGAUACCUUCUGGAUAAAGAAAGCGGCAUGUAUCACCAAGGGCCAGUAAGAAGAUCAAGCAUCAAUCUGCCUCCACAAAACUUUGCUUCUACACCACAGUACCCCGACUUUACUGGAUACCAUCAUGUGCCAAACAUCGAUACGCACGCACAGUCUGCGGGGAGUUGGGGACCUACAUAUGGCGCUCCACGGGAGGACUGGGGCGCAUAUAGUCUGGGACCACCUAAUACUAUUCCUACAUCCAUGAACAACUCCUCUCCUGGACAGGUUCCUUACUGCUCUUCUGAGUAUAGUCAUAUGCAUCCUCCAGGAUCUGCGGUGUUACAGCCGCCGCCGGACAACGUUACUGUUGCACAACUUUCUCCUGAUAGAGAAAGACGCAAUUCAUUCGAGUGGAUGAGUAAAACUGCGCAAGCAUCUUCUACAGGUAAAACAAGAACGAAGGAGAAAUACAGGGUAGUUUACACAGACCACCAGAGGCUGGAGCUGGAGAAGGAGUUUCAUUUCAACAGAUACAUCACCAUCAGGAGGAAAUCUGAACUGGCUGUCAACCUCGGUUUGUCGGAAAGACAGGUGAAAAUCUGGUUUCAGAACCGCAGAGCCAAAGAGAGGAAACUGAUCAAGAAGAAGCUGGGUCAGUCUGACGGCAGCGGGGGUUCUGUGCACAGUGACCCGGGUUCGGUAAGCCCUCUGCCGGUGCCGGGGUCUCUCAGUCCCACAGACAUCCACGGCUCUCUGUACCCUCCUCAGGGAAUGAACACCUUGCCAUCUAUCAGGAAUAUACAGCAAGUGACUGUGACUCAGUAAAGCAGUUCACCCUCUGGACCAUCUUACAUAACUGAGCACUCCGACACGCUGACAGGACACUUGAUAGGCAGCCAGAGGAUCUGAACUCACGUCCUGAAGCACAAAGCUGUGGAUAAAGAUUUGAUUUAUAGCAACGAAAUGCUGGAGGCUCUUGAAAUAUUGCUUUUUAUAGAAUAGUUCUAAUAACGUGGGGAUUCAAAAAAAAAAAACGUAAAAAUCGACGUGUUUCAAACUUAAAAGCUUUGAAUUGUUUGUGAGUUAAUAAGAUAUAAAUAUCCUUUUUUGUAUGUGAUGAAGUGUAUGUGAAUAAAAUGAGAAUUCAGGGACAUUUGAAUGAAGUUUUAAACUGGAUUGUAUGUAGCUCAUGCCACACUGGACAAACCUGACAAAUCUUUUUUUUUUUAGCACAAUUGUACCCGCUUUAGUAAAGCAGGGAACAGCUGUUGAUGAUACGGGUAGGACGGUCGUCUGAUAGCAACGCUCAAAAUGUAAAUAAAAGGGUUUUUUUGCAGUA